CUUCUUGCAGGCUUUGCUUCAGCGCUAGGGUUUGCGCUCGACUCACAGAGCUAGCACCACUUUCUCCAUUCAGUAAUCUCAGGCACCUGCGUUACGGUUAUCAUGACCAAGAUGGCGUCUCCCGAUCUUUUGUGGCAACUUGUGAAGAAGAACAACUCCUUCUUGGUCAAGCAGAACGGUAACAACAACCGCUCUGUACAGUUCAGCUCCGAGCCGAACAACUUGUACAACAAGAACACCUUCAAGUACUCAGGUCUGGCCAACAAGAAGACCGUGUCCAUCGUCCCAGCUGGCGAGGGUCUGUCGGUCACCUUGGCCACUACCAAGACCAAGAAGGGUAACAAGCCUGCCGAGUCUAUCAACAGGUCGGUCCUGAAGAGAGACUUCAGGAAGAUGGCUCGCGCCGUCGUUAACCAGGUAGCAGAGAACGGAUACAGACCCGACUUGAAGCAAUCUGCUUUGGCUCGAUUAGCCGCUGUACACAAAAGCCUUCGUGUAGCUAAGGCCGGCGUCAAGAAGAGCUCCAAGGCUCGCAAGCCAAUCCGAAAGUGAAAAUCUCGAGGUACUGAUAUGUAGACUGUAAUUUGGGAAUCCUUACUUCGUGUUAGGUCUGAACAAUUUAGAGGCAGACCUAGCUCGUUCGCACCAUCCAUUAGCGGGCCCUUUCUUUGAACUACGGCACACCCCGAAUUGUGAAGGGCUUGUGCCAGAUAUUUAGCCAACGGGUCUGCCCUGGUUGUAAACUUAAGGGCCAUGUUGCUAAUGAUAAUGCAGCGGAACGCAGUGCGCAAGUAUUCACCCACAUUAUUUCUGGACUGUAACACUUGCCCUGUUAAUUUUUGAUCACUCUUCUUUCUCGGCUGUGCCCAUAUACAAUGUCAACUUUAGCCUGAAGGGCAGUGCUUACUACUCUCUUCUUAUUACUCUC